UAUAAAAAGGUUGGGUCGCGCGCGCAUACGUAGUAUAUGUGCGUCUGGUGGUACAAAGCGGGGAUGGACGUCUCCGGUGGAAAUCACAGGCACGAGGCUCCCUGGAAGAGGAUGUCUAAAGAGGAGCUGGAUAACCAGUACUCCCCCAGCAGAUGGGUCGUCAGACUGGGAGCAGAGGAGGCCAUGAGGACCUAUUCACAGAUAGGAAACGAAGCAUAAAUCUCGUGGGUCCACGUGUACUUCCAGAACUCUUGUGUUAAUUAAAUCGCACCCCUUUGCUGAGCCUGCGGUAUGAGGAGUUUGUCCAGAACAAACACCUUCACACCUGAAGGGAAGGUGGUUGGCAGACCUCUCAGGGAAGCCACCAAGAGGGCCCGGGCCACCGGGAGGAGCCUGCUCGAUGUCCCCUACGGAGACGGCGACGGAGAGAAAUUGGACAUCUACCUUCCCGAGGCAGUAUCUGAAGCUAUGCCUUUCCUGGUGUUUUUUCAUGGAGGAUACUGGCAGAGCGGAAGCAAAGACACAUCAGCCUUCAUGGUCAACCCACUGACAGCACAGGGAGUGGCCGUGGUGAUAGUGGCUUAUGACAUUGCCCCCAAAGGCACCCUGGACCAGAUGGUAGACCAGGUGACCCAGAGCAUCGUGUUUGUCCAGAAGCAGUAUCCAGGCAACCAGGGAAUUUACCUGUGUGGACACUCUGCUGGGGCCCACCUCGCUGCCAUGAUGCUCCUGGCCGACUGGACCAAGCAUGGAGUCACGCCCAACCUCAAAGGCUUCUUCCUGCUGAGUGGGGUCUACGACCUGGAGCCCAUCAUGCACACCUCUGAGAAUGCCCCCCUCCUCCCAGCCCUGGAGGAUGCUCAGAGGAACAGCCCGCUGUGGCAGCUGGAGACGGCCCCCACCCAGCCCGCGGAUCCAGCCUGCCGCAUCCUGGUGACUGUGGGCCAACACGACAGCCCGGAAUUCCACCGACAGUCCAGGGAGUUUUAUCAGACAUUGUGCCAAGGAGGGUGGAAAGCCUCCUUUGAAGAGCUCCAUGAUAUGGACCACUUUGAAAUCCUUUGGAACCUAACCCAGGAGGACUACGUGCUCACCCAGCCCCAGGUGAUCUGCAGAGGCUGGUCCUGGGCACACCAAUGGGAUCUUCAUGGGGCCAGGCAGAUUAUUUUGAAAACAAUCUUCCAGGAGUCCUGAUGACACCUGAACCCUGCCACCGCCCGCGUGUAUCCCGACUGGGAAGCUUUUCCGGGAGCCCCCCUGCUUCCCUCUCCCGCUGGCCUCAGCUCUACCCGACCCAGGAGCGCCUCUGUUUGUUCACUCGCCCCCCUACCCCACCCCCCGGCCAGAGUCAAUUCUUCAUGCUGCUCUGAACCUGAAUACAAAUCUCCAUGGCCCUCCCCCCGCCUGGAUCAGGUGGGCUCCAGGGAAGGUCUGGCCCAGGUCCAUGCCGUGUGUGUCGCCCAGAGCCACCCCUCUGGCUGAGAAGGUGAAGCAGAAAUGACAACUUGCAACCAGCACUAAGAGAAGGAGCUUUCUAAACCAGUUUUUGUUCCUUUUUUUGUUUCUGUUUUGCCAAACCACAUGGCAUGUGGGAUCUCAGUCCCCAGACCAGGGAUUGAACCACAAAAGCCCCUGCACUGGGAGUGUAGAGUCUUAACCACUGGACCGCCCAGUGGUUAAGGGAAGUCCCUGUCCCUUUUAUUUAUUUAUUUUGCUCCACUUUUUCAUGUCUGCUUGGUCCUGGGCUCCACCUGACGUCUGGCUUCAUCCCAGAAAGCCCUGGGAUGUUAUCUUUGGAACUAACACUUUGAGCAGAUUAGCCCUUGUGGCUCAGUGGUAAAGAAUCUGCCUGCCAAUGCAGGAGACGUGGGUUUGAUCCCUGAUCCAGGAAGAUCCCACAUGCUGUGGAAAAGCUAAGCCCGUGCGCCACAGCUAUCGAGCCCGUGCUCUGGAGCCCGGGAGCCACCGCUGCUGGGCUCAUGUGCUGCAGCUCCUGAAGCCUGCACAGUGUAGAGCCUGUGCUCCACAAGAGGCCACUGCACUGAGAGGCCCUCCUGCCCCAGCUGGAGAGUAGCCCCUGCUUCCCACCACUCGAGAAAAGCCCGCACUGCCAUGAAGACCCAGCAGAGCCAAAAAUAAAUAAAUAAAUAAAAUAAAAACCCAAA